AUGUUCGCCACAGCCCGGGUCAAGACGGGGAUCAGUACGGCGCGUACGGUAGGGUCUGCCUUCGCCGCGCCUCCGCUCUCUCAGUCGCCGGCCGCCAAGCGCCGCUGCCUCGCCCUCCACGCCAUGGCGCCGCCUUCCGUCCGCCGCGCGGUCGUGUGGUUCCGCAACGACCUCCGCGUCCACGACAACUACGCCCUCCACGAGGCCGCCAAGCUCGCCUCCGCCGGCCGCGUCGGCGAGGUGCUGCCGCUGUACGUGUUCGACCCGCACUACUUCUCGGAGACGGAGUGGGGGAGCGUGAAGACGGGGGCGCGGCGCGCGGCGUUUGUGCUCGGGAGCGUGCUGGACCUGAAGCGGCGGCUGCGCGACGUGGGGUCGGACCUGGUGGUGGCGGUGGGGAGGCCCGAGGAGGUGGUGGCGCGGGCGGCGGGGGAGGCGGCGACGGUGGUGGUGCAGGACGAGACGACGAGCGAGGAGCGGCGCGCGGUGGGGCGGGUGCGGGAGGCGGUGGGGCGGUCGGGCGGGAAGGUGGUGUCGGUGUGGGGGUCGACGCUGUACCACCGGGACGACGUGCCCUUCCGCGGCGACAUGCAGGACAUGCCCGACAGCUUCAGCAAAUACCGGCAGGCCGUCGAGGGCGUCGCGCCCGUCAGGCCGCUGCUCGAGGGCAGCUCCGUUUGCGCAGGGCCCCUGCCCAAGCAGCUACCGGAGGGGCUGUCUUACGAAUUCGAGCCAGGCUGGCGCGACAUUCCAUUCACAAGCGAGACCGACGAGCCGACGUUCGAUCGGCGCGGCGUGCUUGACUUUCAAGGUGGGGAGACUGCCGCCCUGGAGCGCCUCAAGUACUACCUGUGGGACUCCAAGCUCCUGUCGACGUACUUUGACACGCGCAACGGCAUGCUCGGCGGGGACUACUCGACGAAGUUCGCGCCGUGGCUCGCGCACGGGUGUCUGUCGCCGCGCAGGGUGUUUUGGGAGAUCAAGGAGUAUGAGAAGCAGUUCGGGGACAACAAAUCAACCUACUUCGCAGGGUUCCACCUCAUCGUCCGCGACUACUGGAAGUUCUUCGCCGUGAGGCACGGGAACGGCAUAUUCAGAGGCCGUGGCGUGGCAGGCAACAACGUUGUGUGGGCUGCCCAGGACGAACAGCAGGAGCGGUUCCAGCGUUGGGUGGAGGGCAAGACCGGCAUGCCCCUCGUCGACGCCAACAUGCGCGAGCUCGCCGCCACGGGCUUCAUGUCCAACCGCGGCCGCCAGAACGUGGCCUCGUACCUGUGCCUGGACCUGGAGGUGGACUGGCGGCGCGGGGCGGACCACUUCGAGCACCACCUGCUGGACUACGACGUGGCGUCCAACUGGGGCAACUGGGUCGCCGCCGCGGGCCUCACGCCCGGGCGCGUCAACCGCUUCAACAUCACCAAGCAGAGCAAGGACUACGACGCGCAGGGGGACUACAUCCGGCACUGGGUGCCAGAGCUGAAGGACGUGCCGGCGAGCAGGAUCCACGAGCCGUGGAGUGCGACGGUGGAGGAGAGGGCGGCGAUGGAGGGCCUGGACAUAUAUCCCCGGCCGAUGGUAGAGCCUCCGGUGCACGUCCCGAGGAAGAAGCGAUGA